UCAACUCCGAGAAAAGCAAGAGAAGCGGGGAGAAAGAAAGAAAGGGAGCUAUGCCAUCUCCCGCCGAGUGGAGCCCAGUCCUCCUCCUUCUUCUCCUCCUCCUCCUCCUCCUCCUCCUCCUCCUCCUCUGUCGCGCGUCGGAGCUGCAGCAUGGUGUCUCUCUCUGGACUCUGGACCUACUGCUUCGCCCCCGGGAGAGCUCAUCUUCUCUUCCUCUCCCUCAGACCGCUCCUGCUGCUGCUGCUCCUGCUGAGGGUGUUCUCCUCCCCCGAGCCGUGCUUCCCUCACCCGCAGCCGUGCCACAUCCUCCUCGCCCGGAUCGGACACACCGUGCGCCUCGGUGCGCUCCUGCCGACCCGUCAGCCGGCACGGAUACAAAAUGCGCUCAACCGCGCCCUGGCCAGCCUCCGGCACCAGAGCGCAGGGGGAGACUCCACCACGACCUCCCAGACGCCUCCUCUGCUCCCCUACAAUUUGAGCCUGGAGAUGGUGGCUCGUACCCCUGCAGGAGGAGACCCGGAGUCGUUGUCCCGUAGCGCCUGUCAGGACCUGGUGGUCAGGGGGGUGUCCGCCGUGCUCGCCUUCCCUCGCUCGAGAGAGGAGCUGAUCCAGGUGGAGUUCCUCUCCUCCUUCGUGGAAAUCCCCUUCAUCUCCAUCCUGGAGGACACAGAACCCCUGCUGACCAAGAACCGAUUCCAUCUGCAGCUGUCGGCUCGCGUGCCUCCCUCGUCGCUGGGCAGCCUGCUGAUGGCGGUCCUGCAGGGGGGAGAUGGGGAGAGAGAAAGGGGAGGCCGCGGAGAGCGAGGCUGGGGAGGAGCAGCUGUAAUCUGUCCCGGAUGGGAGGAGGGGGGUGACGGAUUGUUGUCUCACCUGCAGACUCACAGCGGAUCCACGUGGCAUUUGUGGGAUAUCGUCAACUUGACUUGGAUUUCAAGGGCUGGGGAUGUAAGAGGGGAGGCCAGCGAGGAGAGGAGGGAGGAUCAGAGAGAAGAGGAGGCUUUGAAGAUCCUCUCCACCAGUUUCCUGCGCUCCCCUUCACCCAUCUCCUCUGUUCUCCUACUCGGCUCUGACCCCGAGUGUCUCUCCUCGGUCCUUCAUGCCGCUCAGCGCCUCGCUCCCUCCUUACCAGCACUCCAGUGGAUUAUGGGAUACCCCUUGUCACCAGACUCGUUACACACCCUAGGAGGACCCCUCGGCUUGUUAGCCUAUGGGGAGGUCGGCCGCAAGCCAAUCAGCUUCUACAUCCGGGACGCCUUGCAGCUGAUUGGCCGAGCGGUCACUGCAGCCACCACGGUGAAACCAGAUUUGGCGCUGAUCCAGAACACGGUGAGCUGUUACGAAAAACCAAACCAACAUGAGCUCCCCUCUUCAGGACAGUAUCUAGCCAGGUUUCUCUCCAACACUUCCUUCACCGGGGCCACAGGACUGAUCCAGGUGGAUCCUGCCAUUUCCCGGGUCUUCUCAUCCCAACUUUUCCAUGUAUGGAGCCUGAAGAGGGGUGCCCUUGGCCAGCCAGCCUGGGUUACUGUUGGCCAGUGGACCAGAGGCAGGCUGGAGUUAGAAGGGGGGAUCCUUGGGCUAGUUGGAGGGUUUGGUAACAGCCAGGGACAGGGACUUGGUGCUGGGGUAAGAGGAGGGGAAGGGCAAGGGGAUGGUCACUUUUGGGGACGCUGGAGGCCAGGUCUUUCUGUCGAGGGGCACCGCUUGACAGUGGUGACCCUGGUGGAACACCCAUUUGUCUUCACACGGGAAGCAGACGCGGAUGGAAUCUGUCCAGCUGGUCAACUCUGUCUGGACCCCAGAACAAACAGGUCUGACAUAAUCCAAAGCCUCUUCAACCAGCUACACAACCCAAAUGCUACAGUUGCAGACUUGGAAGGCAUUGACCUACCUGAAGACCUGAGAAAGUGCUGCUAUGGGUACUGCAUCGACCUGUUGGAGAAACUGGCGGAGGACAUGGGUUUCACCUUUGACCUCUACAUUGUGGGUGAUGGGAAAUACGGCGCACUGAGCGCGACAGGACGGUGGACAGGUCUGGUUGGGGACCUGCUGAGUGGAACCGCUGACAUGGCCGUAACGUCUUUCUCCAUUAACUCUGCCAGGAGCAGAGUCAUCGAUUUCACCUCCCCUUUUUACUCCACCAGCCUGGGCAUUCUGGUUCGUAGUCGGGAUACAGCAGCCCCCAUCGGCGCCUUCAUGUGGCCUCUCCAUUGGUCCAUGUGGGUGGGAAUUUUUGUAACACUGCAUCUCACCGCACUCUUCCUCACCUUGUAUGAAUGGAACAGCCCCUUUGGCAUGACUCCUCAUGGAAGGAACAGGCUACGUGUCUUCUCCUACUCUUCUGCCCUCAAUCUAUGCUACGCCAUAUUGUUUGGACGCACUGUCGCCACCAAGACACCUAAAUGUUGGACGGGGCGCUUUCUUAUGAAUCUUUGGGCCAUAUUCUGCUUACUGGUGCUCUCCAGCUACACCGCUAACUUAGCAGCAGUGAUGGUGGGUGAGAAGACGUUCGAGCAGGUCUCAGGAAUUCAUGACGAAAAGCUGCACCAUCCCUCUCUCGGCUUUCGUUUUGGGACGGUCAGAGAGAGCAGUGCUGAGGAUUACAUGAAGAAGAGCUUCCCAGAGAUGCAUGACUACAUGAGGCGCUUCAACCAGCCCACUACUCCCAAGGGGGUACACAUGUUAAAGACAGAUCCUCCUGCCUUGGAUGCAUUCAUCAUGGACAAAGCUCUGCUGGACUUUGAGGUCUCUAUUGAUGCAGACUGCAAACUGCUUACUGUGGGGAAGCCAUUCGCCAUUGAAGGCUACGGUAUAGGCUUGCCCCAGGGCUCUCCUUUAACCCGUAAUGUGUCCGAGUUCGUCAGCCGCUACAAGUCGGACGGCGUCAUGGACAUGCUGCAUGACAAAUGGUAUAAGGUGGUGCCUUGUGGAAAGAGAGUCUUUGCCGUCACUGAGACUCUACAGAUGGGGAUCCAGCAUUUUUCAGGCCUAUUUGUGCUGCUGUGUAUGGGAGUGGGCGGAGCCUUGCUGACCUUGGCCGGAGAGCACACCUUCUAUCACCUGGUUAUCCCUCGGCUCCGGCGCGCGCGCACGCUGCAGUACUGGCUGCACACGAGUCAAAAAAUCCAUCGAGCUCUCCACACCACAUAUGAAGAUGUUGGGAAGGAACUGACUGGCCUUGAUCAAAAUCCCUCCUCUUGUAUCUCAGAAAACUGCACCUUACACAGAAAACAGCAUCAGACUAAUCCUCCAUCUCCUCCUUCAUCCCUCCCUGCAUCAACUGGAGACAAUGCGAACAACUCACCGUCCAAUGAGCCCAAGGAAAAACGUGUGCAUUUUGACCUGGAAACACUCCAUAGUUACCGCCUGCGCACACACACCGCCUCAGUACGUGGCAGGCCCGGGAUGGUCGGUCGUCCUGGGCUAGGCCUCGGAGGUUUGGGGCUUGGUAGUAUAGGCUUUGCAUCCCCUCCAGCAAUUAGCCUCCAUGCUAACGGUGGCCCCAUCUCAGCACUGGCUUCUGCGGGCUUGGUGCUUUCUCCCCUGGGAAGCGGGGUCACGAAGACUAGCCUGUGGGAAGGGGAGCUCCAGGAGCUCCAGGGAAAGAUUGAGACCUACCGUACCCAGCUGAGAGAAGCUCUGGCAAGGCGAGCAGAAAUUCAGACCAGCCUGGAGAGGGAGAGGAGGGGACUUGGACGCAGGGACACCAGCCUGGAGCGGGACAAGGACAAACAGAGAAUACAAACUAUUAACACUGACAGAAGUAGCUCUGCCCAGACAAAACUCCCUGAACGAGACAGAACCUGCCAACUUCAAACUCUGAACAAUCAACAGGCAGGGAGACCUAACCAAUCGGGUGGUGUUGGGACUGUGGAGCGUGGGAGAAGCAGCCAAUUAAAUACAGUGAACAGUUUAGACAGAGGGCGAAUCAACCAAUUACGCUCUGCUCUCGCUUUUGUAGGUGAAAGGACUGUCCAGUCACCCACUUCCACCAGUCUGGAGCAAAGUUGGGGCAACUACCCAGGUUCUGGAAGCAAAAAUGUUCAAUCACAGAACACUUCAAGCCUUGACAGACAGAAAGCAAAUCUAUCUCGCACUCUGAACACUUUGGAGAGGACAAAAGCCAACCAGUCAAGUGUAACCAGUGGAACUUGAUGGUCUUUCUGAAGCCCAAAUGUAGGACAGAAGAGAAACGGAGACGUCAGAUUAAAUAAUUUAAGGACACUUAUUGGAAAAGUACAGUAACGUAGCUCACAACAAAUGUUAACUUGUCAUUUCUAUAUUCUACAUUAUUUCUGCAUUUAAAAUUUCACCUCAAGCCAUAAUAACAUCUUUAUUCAAUCAAAUGUAACAUAAUACUGUGAAAUGAAAUUUAAUCAACUGAAUUUUUAGAUACUGGCAAAAUGGCAAAGUGGAAUGUGUCAGCAAUAUGGAUAAUCUGGUAUAGUUCUAAAAUCACAUCGUAAUUUACGGAUUCCACUGUUUCCUUUGAAGAACCAUGAGGCUACAACUUUGACAUCACAAAGAGAAAACAACAUCCUGUUAGAACACCUAAAGAUGCCUACAAGCACACAAAUGUCAGUAUAAGAGCACAGAA